AUGAUUGCGUCAAAAGCUAUACCCUCUGGUGUCGAACUGGACUUCUCGACGGUCAACUACAGCAGAUUUUCCCCCGACAAGCCGAUGCCCUCACCAAGCACAAUCAGGGCGCUAAACCGUAACUUGGGCGGUGUACGUGCGGAGAACUUCUAUCGCCCGCCGCCUUUACACAUCCCGUCGCUUGGUCUCCUCGUCAAGUAUGGGGCCGAUGUGACGAUUCAUGAGGCGAGAACCCAGAUAAUGAUCCGUGAGAAACUAUGCGGCCAGGUCCCGACCCCUGAAGUUUUCGGCUGGGUCGUAGAUGGCGGCCAGGUUUUCAUUUACAUGCAGCUGAUCCAAGGCGAGACUUUGGAAGCGCGAUGGCAUAAUCUAGAUAAGGCCAACAGGCUUUCUAUCUGCAGUCAGCUGAAGCGCAUGGUUGCUUCUUGGCGAAGCUUGCUGCAAGACGACCAAGAAUGCUACAUAGGCAGUACAGGCAAGCAAGCACUUAAUGACAUCUUCCUUCAACAUCGCCCAGACCUCACCGGCCCAUUUGAGGGGCCAGAUGCUAUCGCGCAAUUUCACGCUGCCUGUGGCAUUGACAUUUCCCAACGUGGGCCUAUAGUCUUCACGCACGCAGAUCUCGUCGCACCAAAUAUUCUACUUUCUACGGGGCCGAAGCCAACUGUGGUCGCCAUCAUUGAUUGGGGUCAGGCGGGUUGGUACCCUAGUUAUUGGGAGUAUUGCAAGGCACGCCGUGUAGAGCUUGCUUCACAUUGCUUUAGCCCUGAGACUCAAGACGAAUGGCGCGCAAAGUACCUACCUUUAAUCAUGGAGGCGGUGGAUAACGAGACUAUUGUACUAUGCUUUAAGGACUGCUCCAUUUACUACAAGUUAGGCUGGAAUGUUGAUACACAAUUAACGCUGCCCUGCCAGGUUGCUGGUCGCGGACUGUACGAAAAGUACAUCUCGCUUGCCCGUGUCCCGGUGAUGCCAACAACGUGCACCUUCCAACCGCCCUCCGCCCUGUACAAGGAUAUAGACAGCAAAUUCAUGUACACAUGGAGCCUUGGCUCCAGUCCCGAAUAUUCGGCGUUUCGCGAAUGUUACCAGUAA